ACUGCUUUUAAACGCAUUACAGCACACGAGGUAUAGAGAAUCAUCGUACCCUUGAGUGUAACACUUCAUUAUGAACAACCAAUAGUGACCAAUAGGUAGUCAACGGAAGAAGUGCUUUAAAAACAAAUUUAUUUUGGCUCCAUCAAUUGAAAAUUUUCGAGUGUCAAAGUAAACGAAAAUGAAUAUUUUAAAAUUAAACGACGAUUGUUUAUUUCAUCUGUGCCGGUAUCUCGACGCUGAGGAAAUCGUAGCUGUUAGCCAAACGUGUACAAGGCUGGAAAAUGUGGCGAAAAGGCUUUUCCGUCACAAGAAAUCGUAUAUGUGUUACAUUGGCACACCCGAAGACAUAGUCGCUGCGGUCAGAACACUACGUAAAAUCGGAACAAAUUUAAGACAAAUUGACCUUAAAGUCGACUUAAAAUAUGGAGCCAGCUCACUAACGAAAUUCUUUCGAUUGUUAACGGAAACAGUCGGACCAAAUUUAAUUGAAUUUUCAAUUCUUGGUGAGAUAUGCUGGAUGCCGUUGACAAUUCUGACACCAGUAUUGAGGCGGUUGGAGGUGUUGACGUUACAAAAUUCGUGCUGGAAUGCAAACUGCGCCGUGAUGAUCGAUUUGCCGUUGUUAUGUCUGAAUCUGCGAGAGCUGAUUGUUUUCGGCAAUAUUAUCUUUGCACCGAGGUCCCAGAAAUUUUUUCGGCGGUUAGAGAUUUUGGAUGUAACUUAUUCUUCAAUAUACAUACCAAAUAGUGUUUUCACACAGAAUCAACAACUGGCGAUACUCAAUUUGCGAAGAUGUAUGACUACCCAUAGCAUCGACUUACGAUAUUUUGAUACAUGGUUAAUAAAUCUGGUCAAGUUAAAUUUAGACAUUGGACUAAUUGAAGAUCCAAUCGAAAACCUGCCACUUCUCUCGAAUUUCCAAAGCCUUAAUUCACUCGAACUGUUUUCAAUUCCUGCUGCAGUGUUCAACGACAUUAUAAAGAUUUUAGAAACAUUAGUUCGAUUACAUGAAAUCGUACUGCAAUGCCAUUUGCCUAGAAUAGAUGCACAAUUUUUAUCUGUCCAAGAAUCCCUAGCCGGCAUGGCUAGUAAACUGACGCAGCUCCGAUCAUUUAUAACUGUUAGUAUUGAUUGGACCGCAGAGAGUGUUUCAAAUUUUGUGCAUCGCGCAAGAAAUUUAACUUAUUUGGAUUUUUGGUCUGGAGGCGUUGAUAACUACAAACUUACACCGGAAUUCAUCAGGUCUCUGGCAAAAAUUCGAAGAUCAAUGGUCGGUAUAAUGCAUCCGCUGCAUUUGAAACUUCGUAUAAAAGAUAAGGAUUUCAAACAGGUCUUCAACGAGCCAGAUGUAGCCAGCAUGAUUAUAUUAACAAAGUAGCACGUUAGUAUCUGAGGCAACAGUAAUCGAAUUUUUCAAUUUCAUUUUGUAAAUAAAUUCUAUUUUCAAUCCA